UAUUUAAUUUAUUUCUUUGUACUUAGCGACUAACAACAGGCGGGUUGCUCCAGGUAGAAUCCCUGAGUGGCCUGGCCGGAGAUCCGAGUGAGACCCCAGCCGUAGGCCGGGGUUCUUUCCUUAUAGAGGAGACGGAUUCAGAGGGGCUACAGACCAAGAUUGUUGAGAACCAGACAUAUGAUGAGCGUCUAGAGAUUAACGACUCUGAAGAGGUUGCAAGUAUUUUUACUCCAACCCCAAGAUACAGAGGACUUCCUCAUUCUGCCCAUCCUCCUAACAAGACUAUGGCUGAUAACAGCAGUGAUGAAUAUGAAGAGGAAGAUAACAAGGUCCUAAGUGAGGGCAUUCUACAGGUUCCAGGCUACAGAGGCAAAGGCACGGACCCCAUCCCAACUGCCCCUGCAAGCCCCAAGUACCAUCAGACCCCUGCUCGUGGACUUGAGAGGGUGGGAUGGUGCAUAGAGAACCAGAAGCUCAGAAAGGAGAAGAAGAAGACCUCUCAGCUGACACCUCAACAGGGCUUUAGUGAAAAUGAUGAUGAUGAGGAUGAUGACUCAUCUGAAACUGAUUCCGAUGAAGAAGAUGAUGAUGAAGAGCAUGGAGCCCCUCUGGAAGGAGCCUAUGAUCCUGCAGAUUAUGAGCAUUUGCCAGUUUCUGCUGAGGUUAAGGAACUCUUCCAAUAUAUAAGUAGGUAUACACCUCAGUUGAUUGACCUGGACCACAAACUGAAACCUUUCAUUCCUGAUUUUAUCCCAGCUGUUGGGGAUAUUGAUGCAUUCUUAAAGGUCCCACGUCCUGAUGGAAAGCCUGACAACCUUGGCCUAUUGGUAUUAGACGAGCCUUCUACAAAGCAGUCAGACCCUACAGUGCUCUCACUCUGGUUAACAGAGAACUCUAAGCAACACAAUAUCACGCAACACAUGAAAGUAAAGAGCCUGGAAUAUGCAGAAAAGAAUCCCAAGGCCAUUGAUACAUGGAUUGAGAGCAUCUCUGAGUUACAUCGUUCUAAACCCCCUGCAACUGUCCAUUAUACUAGGCCAAUGCCUGAUAUUGACACACUCAUGCAGGAAUGGUCCCCAGAGUUUGAAGAGCUUUUGGGCAAGGUGAGCCUGCCCACGGCAGAGAUUGAUUGCAGCCUGGCAGAGUACAUUGACAUGAUCUGUGCUAUCCUAGACAUUCCUAUCUACAAGAGUCGGAUUCAGUCUCUUCACCUGCUCUUUUCCCUUUACUCGGAAUUCAAAAACUCACAGCAUUUUAAAGCUCUAGCUGAAGGCAAGAAAGCAUUCACCCCUUCAUCCAACUCUACCUCCCAAGCUGGAGAUGCAGAGACAUUAACCUUUGGCUGAGACACAUCCCCCAACACUUUGUUUCAAGGCUGAGCUGGCUUUUCUGCCCCAGCUGAAGAGAGAUUGUCGUCAGCUACCUGGCAUCCUGCCAGCAUCACAGUUUGACUCAGGGACAGUAUCUGUCCUACCACCUUCUCUUCCAGAAAGCACUACGCAUGUUCGUUAAAUGGCUUCUGCCUGUCUCAAGAUUUCCUUUCUGUAGGAAUGUUGCAUCUCUACCCCUAUGGCAAUUUGAGUUAGAUGAAUUGAAAUUUCUGGGAUCUCAGGAUGCUCAGUUAGGAGAAAAGUUGAAAAGGCUUUUUUUUUUACAGCAAUGGAACUAAUUUGCUUUCAUUUUUGAGUUAGUUGGCAAAGAUUUUACAAAUAAAAUGCUCUUAUCUUUCAGGUUGUCCUGCUGUUCUAUAACAUGAAAGAGAAAAGGCAGACUGAGCAAGAGGCAGAGAUAAGGAACUUGGCCUAUUAAUAAGCGUUAAGUGAAUAACAGUUUAAGCAAAUGAACUUUAUGAAAUAAAAUCAAAUACCAGCCUCCAAGAUUGGCAGUAGAGGGGAAUCCUUUUCUCCCAGAACUUAUUUUUCAGGGGGCCUCACUAGUUAUGCUGCCUGUCUCUCAGGCACCUGCCUGGUUGUGGUCUCAGGGAGCCUAGCUGUUGCAGUGAUCCAGGUGAGAGAUCACUGUGCCUUGGAUUAGAGUGGGCAUUGUGGUAGUACCAAAGAUGGAUACAUUUGGGAAAUAUUUUGGAGUUUAUAUCCUCUGCUCCAGUCAAAAAGUGAAAAACCAUGCUAGUUAACUUCUAACAAAGAGUGUUAAAUGUGGGAAAUUGGUUAGAAAAGUAUUGGAAGGGCUGAAGAAACAAAAGGGAGAAUACAGGGUGCUGAAGGAAUGAAAAGCUAAAGGGGUGAAAUGCACUGCAGGUGCUAGAAGUGGAAGACGUGCUGUAGUGGUCUUGAAUGGCAAGGAGGUGCCAUGUGGAGGCACGGCUGGUGCGUGGACCUCAUCCCCACUUCUACAGCAACUGAGAGCAAUGGCUGCUGUUUCCUCUCUCCCAGCCUUCUUGUUUCUUGCUGGUGCCUCCUCCCAUUGGCAGAAAUUAACAGCUGGCAGGGAAAUCUGGAAAAUCCAGCAGUAUAAAGCAGAGUAUAGAAGGGAGAGUGUGGGGCUAAGAGACAAUGAAUUAAUAACCAGUAGAGGUAGAACAAAACUUGGUGAUAGAUUGGAUGCAGGGGAUGAAGGAAAGAAAUCAAGGAUGACUCCCAGGUCUUGGGUCUUGAGGAACUGAAUAGAUAAUGGAACCAAGUACUGAUAUAGUGGAAAGUGGGGCAAGAAUUGAUUGGAGAGGAAAAUUACAUUAAAAUGCUACACUGUCAGCAUAGGGGAAUCAUUUCUUAGACUCUUAAACCAACUAUGAUGUUCACAUUAAGCUUGAAUUUGUGGAGCAGAAACAUUUGAGCUAAGGCCUUACUUUAACACCAUAUUGGGACCAGGUGCUAUGUUCUUAAAUGGAUUUCAUUAUUGCUCACAUUGAACCCAUAGGGAUAAAAGAGAAGCAAAAUAUGAUAGGAACUCAUAUUCUCCAUUAGAAUUUUUUUAAUUUCAGUGAUUUUAAUACUCUGUAGAACAUUAACCAGUUUUGUAUCUAAUCUAGCAAUCUUAAACUAAAAUUUCUUUAAUUGCUUAUAAAUGCUUAGCAAUUUAAAUGCUCUCUGAACCACUUUUUAAUAUGUGACUGGUUUCCUCACUAAUUGGUUGAGUAAUCAGUGAGGAACUCUCUGACACAUAUUCAUUAUGCAUGUAUGUGAGAGUUGUAACAGAUUUUCUUAAAGUGCAUGGAUAUUUGCUCUUGUUCUCCCUACUCCGUUAGAUUUUUAAGAAACAGAUUAACUUCUUUGGCUAGAGCUGAGACUUAGCACUGAUAAAUUGAUUCUUGUUAUUCAUGGUAGUUAUAUUCUAGAAAGUCACUGUGAACACUGCAUUAGCCAACACUGAAUCAUUGCUCCUAGGGCAAAUACAAGGUUAGGCUCCUAUGUGCCUAUGGUCAUAACAUUUUCAUCAACCUACCACUGAUUCAUUGAAUUCACAGCCACCAGCACUAUAAAUCAUGCCAUAGUGAAGCUUACCUAACACUUCUAAGACACCUCAGAACUAUGUUUGGGGGCCAUUUUUAAACAGUAAAAUCACCACCAAUAAGCAAAAUCAUGGCAUUAAA